ACACACAUACACACUAACCAUUUGUGUUAUAACUUAGCCUAGCAAAGCUAAUCUGUCCAUCCACGAGCCGACCAGCGGUGUGUUGUAGCGUAUCGCCGCGCUUUCAUGUCUCGUUUGUUCCUGGCGCUGUCACCCUCUGUCAGCUGUACCACUGUCUGUCCCCGCCACACCACACAGCCAGGUAAACACCGGCCAGCCUCAUGAAGACACCGCCGCGGUCCCCUCACACAUGGAGGCCAGCUGAAUAACACACAGGAGCCGCGUGGAGCCCGAGGCACCAUGGAUCUCUCAGUGCCCGCUCCGCUGGUAGCCCCCCUCCACUGACCUCACCUCCUCCCCAUCUCUUCCUCCACCUUUCCUUCUCUCAUCUGCCCUUCUUCCUCCACACCCCAUCCCUUUCUUCUUGGCGCCUGUGACGCAAGGUGACCACUCCACUCCUACAUCAUGGCAGGGGAGAAAGGGCCGACUAAGCGAAGCGCCAUGGACAUCAAGCGCCUGGCGAGCCUCAUCCAGAGAGGAACGGGCCGUUUGCUGGUGAUUGACAGCAGGACGUUUUCGGAGUACAAUGCGUCGCACGUGCAAGGUGCGGUCAACGUCUGCUGCUCCAAGCUGGUGAAGAGGCGGCUGCAGCAGGACAAGGUGUCCGUCACUGAGCUGCUGCAACCCAACGGCAAGGUCAAGGUGGAGCUGGGCAGGAAGCAGGAAGUGGUGGUGUAUGACCAGAGUUCCAAAGAGACGGGGCAUCUGUCCAAAGAUGGCUUCGUGCACAUUCUCAUGGGAAAGUUGGAGGGCACCUUCCACAAAGUCUCCCUGCUCACUGGAGGUUUUGCUGCUUUCUCCUCCUGUUUCCCCGGCCUGUGUGAAGGGAAACCUGCCACUGCUCUGCCUAUGAGCUUGUCCCAGCCCUGCUUGCCUGUGGCUAAUGUAGGGCCCACUCGCAUCCUGCCACACCUCUACCUGGGCUCACAGAAGGACGUCCUUAACAAGGAUCUGAUGGCUCAGAAUGGUAUCACCUAUGUGCUGAAUGCCAGCAACACCUGCCCCAAGCCAGACUUCAUCAGUGAGAGCCACUUUAUGCGCAUCCCAGUUAACGACAACUACUGUGAGAAAUUGCUACCCUGGUUGGACAAAACUAAUGAAUUCAUAGACAAAGCUAAGGUGUCAAACUGCAGAGUCAUUGUGCACUGCCUGGCUGGAAUCUCGCGUUCAGCGACCAUCGCCAUUGCAUACAUCAUGAAGACAAUGGGCUUGUCAUCAGAUGAUGCCUACAGGUUUGUAAAGGACCGAAGACCGUCCAUAUCCCCCAACUUCAACUUCCUGGGUCAGCUUCUGGAGUUUGAGAAGGGCCUGCGAUUACUGCAAGCUCUAACUUCAACCUCUGAUGACAAGAUCUCUGAAAACAGCACUAAGCAAAAUUCAGAGGUUAAUGGAGUCAGCACAGGUUUUGAGAUGAACGGUCACCGUAGCAACUAUGACUCAUCUGUGGGAGAGCCACACAUCACGACAGAACCAAAGCUGCCGUCACCCACCUCCCUCCAGCAAGGCUUCAAUGGCCUCCACCUCUCUGCAGAGAGGAUCAUGGACACAAACCGGCUCAAACGCUCCUUCUCCCUGGACAUUAAGUCUGUCUACUCCCCUAACAGUCCCCACUGCCCUAGUCUGGCACCCACACACUCUGAAGACGUCCCCAAGCUGUGCAAGCUUGACAGCCCAGGAACAGGAACCUCCAAUGGUGUCUGCUCCCAAUCUCCCGUCCUAGACAGCCCCAGCUCCUCUGAUUCACCGUUCCCCUCACCAGGCAGCGGGGGCAGCAUUGGAGGUUUGGGGCUCGGAGGAAGUGAAGGAGUCCAUCGGUCUGGUUCUUCCUCAUCCAGACCCAGGAGAAAACCCAAGCACUGCUCUGGCUGUUCCCCAAUCCGCUCACAACCACACCAACCUCCACAGUCCCUCAGCUUGUCGCUGGACAACAAGAGCCCAAAUCUGGACGAGAACCUAAAGGGCUCCCUGCUCUUGUCACUACCAUCCCUGCCCACCGUGGGGUCUGGGGCCAUGUGGACCAAACACAGAGACACUGUCCAGGCCACCACUCCUGUCACUCCAGUCACCCCCACUACAGAUGCCCCCUGGCACUUUGGGGCAGAGGAGGGCGGUAAGGGAGAGAUGGAGCUGGGAGGAGUGGUAGGCGGACGGGGAGAUGAGUCGUCAAUGAGGUUUGGGAGCAGCUCGGCGUAUGUAGCGUUUGGGUGCAGCGAAGGUGUGCGAUUACGAGACAAAUCACAAAGGGAGAAGCCCUCUGCCCCACAGACGCAGAGAGACAACCGUGACUCCAUGUUGUCGUCCACAGUGACCAUGUCCAACAGCGCGAACACCAGCGGGCCUGCGUCAGAGAAGCAAUUCAAGCGUCGCAGCUGUCAGAUGGAGUUCGAGGAGGGCAUCUCAGAGACGCGGUCCCGAGAAGAACUGGGGAAGAUCGGGAAGCAGUCGAGCUUCUCUGGGAGCAUGGAGAUCAUUGAGGUAUCUUGACAGAUAAUGGGGAUGGUCAAAGCCGUCCCUUGGGGGCAACAGUGGACCUGGUUAGAGGGAUUGCAAGAAGAGGACAUAUGACGAGACGCAGAGGAGGCUUUUUUGUGCUCCUCACAGACAGUGUUAUAGACUCCAACAGAGAGAAGGACAGAUCGACACACAAGUGGAGCGUUAAUGUGAAAAGGUUAGCAAGCAAGCUAGCAUUCUCACCUGGACAGACAGAGCCUGUGACGUGGUGCUUAGCAGACCACAACCAUCCUGAACUCCCAUACAAAUCAGAAGAAAAGUCUGGGGGGGUUGUGACUGUAGGUACUGAAACUCUUAAUUUGUCUGAGCUCUGUCGCAGAUGAAAAGAAAUGACCGAGGGCAAGUGUCAGGUUGUAUCCUAACUAUAUAGAAUAUCGUUAUUUUGACAGAGUUCGGACAGAAACUGCUUGCCUGCGGUCAAAUGUAAUGUGUUUCAGUGGGUGUGUAGCUUGUGAUUUGAACCAAGUCCCAUGUUUCCUCCUAAAGCGUCACCCAAGUGUCAGAGAGCAUUGCACGGCUACAUGCUCACCCACUUCCCGGUGGCUCUGCCUGCUACAGACUCUGCAUAACAAAAUCAACAGUGGCAGACUUCUUAACAGCACCGCCUCUUCACAUCAGAAGGCAGAUAGACUUCAUCUUAAGGUGGUACUGUAUCCAAAUAAUGAAGGAUUCUCAGCAUGUUGUUGUUGCUGAAAAGACUUGAGUUGAAGACUCUUAGCGACAGGCUAAGACCCCCCCCCCCC